AUGGCCUCCGAUUACCCUAGCAUCAUUUCAACCUCCCUCCUCCACAACUACGGCGGCACAUCCGAAUUAACCCGCGCUGGCAUAUUCGCCGGAUUCUCCGCCGUAGCCCUCUACAACGCAAUCGAAUUACUCAUCCUCUGCUUCCACUCCUUUAGACGCUGGAACAGCACCUACUUCUGGAGUCUACUCAUCUCCUCCGCCUGCAUAAUCCCAUACACUACCGGGUUCAUCCUCCUCUUCUUCUCAACAGGCGUCACUCCCUGGCUAUGCGUAACCCUCUUCCUGCCGAGCUGGUACGGCAUGGUCACCGGCCAGUCAAUGGUUCUGUGGUCACGACUACACCUGGUACUGCAGAAUAGAAAAGUGCUGCGCGGUGUGCUGUGGAUGAUCUGUAUCGAUGCUUUCGUCUUACAUAUCUCAACCAGCGUCGUAAUAUAUGGGACCGUUGCUCAUCCGAUGGGCCCCUGGCCCCGCGCAUACGAUAUCCUGGAGCGUAUCGAGCUGGUGGGAUUCUGUGUGCAGGAAUUUAUCAUUUCCAGUAUCUAUGUCUGGGAAACGGUUAAAUUGCUUCGGCUUAGACCUGAAGGGCGUUCGCAUGGGAUUCUGAACCAGUUGCUGGUUAUUAAUAUCGUUAUUCUGCUAUUGGAUAUUGCUGUCGUCAUCAUUGAAUAUGUUGGCUUAUAUGCUAUCCAGGUCACGUUCAAGCCUCUUGCGUACAGUAUCAAGUUGAAGCUUGAGUAUGCUAUUCUUGGUAAAUUGAUUGCGGUUGCGCGUGGUCAUCAUGAUCAGGAUUUGCAUUCCAGUGAGCGUGGUAUUAAUGAGGUUACCUCGCUUCCGUCGGAUGGGGAUCGGAAUCCGAAUAUAGAGUCGCCGAUGCAGGUUCAUCGACCCAACAGUCCGCCGUGGCUUCGGGAAGAUAUUGGUUUCGUUUCUUCAUCUACUGCUUCUACUUCGUCUAAUGUUCUGCGCGAUCCAUGA